AUUCUAUGUUUGGCAGCUCUGUGUUAAACACCGAAUACUCUGAAACAAAAACAACAAGGAUAUCCGUGAAAUCGCCGGGAAAAAAAUAUAUCACGAAGUAAUAUUUUUAUUUUUGCACAAAAAUUUACCACUGCAUACAAACUACAACGCGUUUUGCAACAAUAAACAAGCUAAAAUCAAAUUGGAGAAACCAACAACUGUAGCAACAAUCAAAAAAGUUUACGUGAAAUUCGAGCGUAAAAAUGUGUACAAAAUUCCAAAAGUGCAAAUAUAUUUAAAUUACCCCGCAGUGCUCAACGUUCAAAGUUAACAAACAGAAAACAAGUCACAUAAUUGCAAAUAAAAUUAAAACAGUUACCCAGACUGAAGCAAAAAACGCGGUGCAACCUGUAGCGCUUCAAUUCCGAUUGUGAUUUUGAAUACACACCACGGCUUUUGUGCAAACAAGCCGGAAGCAAAUCCCAAAUGCAAUUGUUUUGAACCGCAGCUGAGCGGAGCUUUUACCUGUUGGACAAGAAAUCAAACGGCAGCGUUAGCACAGAAAAGGCCAAAAGAUGUGGUGCAUUGUCAACCUGCCCAACGGCACCCAACAAGCCGUCAAGUGGGAUCCCAAAGCCAAUGGUCAGGAGUGUCUGGAGAAGGUCUGUCGCGCAAUGAACAUCAUCUGCGAGAUGGAGUACUUCGGCCUGGAGCACUGGACGCCCAACCAGAAGGAGUCGCAGACGCGCCAGUGGAUCAAUCUGCGCAAUCGGCUAUCCGGCGACAGUGGCAGCAGCGGCAGCGGCAUCCAGCUGAUGCUGGCGCUGCGGGUCAAGUUCUGGGUGCCGGUGCACUUCAUCCUGCAGGAGAGCGUGCGUAAUUUGUUCUACAUGCAGGCCAGGCGGGAUCUGCUCGAGGGACGGCUCACUGCGCCGGACUGGAGUGGAGCGGCCAAGUUGGCGGCGCUGCUCUGCCAGGCGGAUGGUCUGCGAUUCAAUGAGUCGUCGCUGAAGGCCGACUGCCCGAUGCGAAUGAGGCGGGAGUUGGCGCAACAGCAGCAGCAGCAACAGCAGCAGGCGCAGCAGCAUAGGUUGGAGCAGCAGCGCAAGGAGAAGGAGCAUGUGCUGAGCUUCAAGAAGCGCCGCCUGUCCAAGCAGAAGUCCAUGGAGCACAUCGAGGUCUGUACGCUGCCAGCGGCAAGCACCACCAGCUGCAGUCUCCAGCCCUCGCCAUCCGCAUCCGCCUCAGCAUCUGCAUCCGCCUCAGCAUCUGCAUCCGCCUCCACAUCCGCCUGCUCGCAAACCCACUCGAACAGCAGCUCGAGCAGCCCCAGCAACAGCAGCAGCCAGACGGGCCUGGACGAGCGACUGGCCAGCAAUCCGCUCCGCGUCUACGAGGAGUACUUCAUGCAGCCGAGCUGCGAGGGUGAGCCACCGGCGGACUAUCUGCGCCAAAUAGCCGUGGAGCACGGCAAGCUGGCCAAGCUGCAGAUGAGCCUCAAGACGGCCAAGUACUGGCUGCUCAAGUCCAUCCAGGAUCUCGAAGGCUACGGCGAGGAGCUCUUUAGCGGCGUGACCACCAACGAGAGUGCCACGCGCUGCGACAUUGCGGUGGGCGCCCAUGGCAUCACCGUCUGCCGGGGGGGCGAGAAACAGAGCAUCCCCUUUGGCGCCAUCGCUGCGGCCAAGUCGCUGCGUCGCACUUUCAAGUUGGAGUACGUGGAUGACCACAACGAUCGCAAGGAGCUGGAGAUCAAGCUGCCCAAGCAGCCGAUCGCCGCGGGCCUGUACCGCUCCAUCACGGAGCGCCACGCCUUCUACGUGUGCGACAAGGUGCGCGGAGUGGUGACCAAUCAGUUUACCCGGGAUCUCAAGGGCACCAUCGCCUCCAUGUUCAUGGAGAAUACGGAGCUGGGCAAGCGCUAUGUCUUCGACAUUCAGCACACGUGUCGCGAGGUGCACGACCAGGCGAGGAGGACUCUCCACGAGCGGGGCGGCGAUCUGGUGGCGGAGGGAGCCGAGGGAUGCUCUGCUGUCGCUGGAGGAUUGGGCGCCUCUGCCGUCGGCGAGCCGGGCGUCAGCCCAUGGGCCAUGGCCCUGACGACUGGUGCCGGCGGCUCCAUGGCCGGCAAGAUAGAUUUGGCCAUACGCGAGAAGGAGGCGCGUGAGGCGGCGAUUGAGCGUUGCGUGGACACGCGCAUCUCGGAGGCCAUGCAGUGCAAGAUCUGCAUGGACCGCGCCAUCAACACAGUGUUCAAUCCGUGCUGUCACGUCAUCGCCUGCGCCCAGUGCGCUGCACGAUGCAGCAACUGUCCCAACUGUCGGGUGAAGAUCACCAGCGUGGUCAAAAUCUAUCUGCCGCCGGAGCUGCGCACCAGCCAAACCGGCAGCGGCGCCACAACCACCAGCAGCAGCAGCAUCAUGGGCGACGGCCAGGUGGAGGAGCAGCUGCUCCAACAGCAGCUGGACGAGAUCUCGGCGGCACCCGCAUCCCUCGAGGCGGGCGCAGAUGCAGGAGUGGGAGUUGGCGGCAUGGCAGUGGGAGCAGGAGCAGGAGCAGGAGCAACCGGACCUGGCGGACAGCCGAAGGUUACGACGGCCGCCUAGAAUUGGUUGUGCUCGCUGCUGUUCCGGCUGAUGGAAUGGGUGUGCGUGCCGAUUGUCUGAGAACCAACAUGAUUCACUAGUGCUCUAUGACCACAACCUAAAAGGGGAACAAACCGACGAGGCAAGCAAGCAACUGGCAGCGUGCAACAUGCCACGUGCAACGUGCAACAUGUCACGUGCAACGUGGGUUUGAAAUCGAUUCGAAGCGGCGUAGUCAGUCUUUCAAACAAUCUUAGCUCUAUCUUUACUCAAGUAUUCUAGCGACAUAAGCAACUGAAACUUUAACUCUAACUCUAGCUGUAACUCUAAUCUACAGAGUAGCCAUAUACACGAUAUAUAUAUAUACCUAAUAUAUAUAUAUAUAUACAUAUAUUUACUAUUUAUAGAUGUACGAACUUCGAGAAAGUGCUAUUUAAACUCGUCUAAGACUUCACUGCAUAGCCUAUGCCUAGAAUCUAUAACUGCAGAUUGUUUCAUAUUCAUAUACACACUGUAUACUGUAUACACAUAGAUAUAUUUACGAUCGUUAUAGAUCAGCGAUACCUUAUACGAUGUAGCCCUUGAAUGUACAACAUAGUUACUUACUAAAUGUUAGCAAUUUUACCAACUAAAACUCGAGAUGUAUUUAUUAACGCCUAAACUCUUUAGUAUUCCACCCUACCCAAAGGAACCUAUAUAAGAAGCCCCCCAAAUUCUCAUAUAUCUAACCAUGGAUACCUAUUAAAAAACUAUAUGUUAUAGCGUGUGUAUAUAUAGGACAAGCGUACAAUAAUCGCAAACCCAAGGAGCAAAGUAGUACUAAGUACCUGCAAAUCAAACAGAAAAACAUAAACCGAAACUGAAACAGAACACGAAACACGAAAAGUAUCUCUGCAGCGGAUAUUACAUAGUCAAUAGUAAAUGUUAACAAUGUUAUACUAUAUAUACAUAGAUCUAUAUAUAUAUAUAAAUAUAUAUAUAUAUAUAUA